AUGGAUUAAACAUCUAAUUAUCUUAAAAUUUGGGGUUUACCACCAACAAUUAGCGAGAAUGAAUUAUUACAGAAGGUUAAAAUGAUUGGAAAAGUGAUUAAAAUUAAGUAAGUAAAUAAUGUAUGGUACCUAAUAUUUGAGGAUGAGUUGGAUAAUGAUAGUGUAUGAUAAAAUAUCCAUUUGAUAGGUUGAGUUUUUAUAAAGCAGCUAUACAUAAUUGUAAUAUAUAAUUGGUACAGAAAUGACACCUUAAGACAUUUAGAAAUUUACACAAAUAUUUGCAUAAAAUGAUGAUGAUGAAAAUUAGAGAAAAAGACUUGAAUAAGAAAAGCUUUAGGAAAUAACUAAAAAGUAGUAAGAAGAUUUAAGAUAAAAAUAACUUCAAUAGCAAUAAGAAUUUUUAAGAUAAUAAGAAGAAUAAAGAAAAAAAUAAUUAAAGGAAAGAGAAGAAGCAUAAAAAAGAGAGGAAGAGUUAAAAUAGAAAUUAUUAGCUGAAGCUAAGCAAUAAAUAGAGUAUUAAUAAAGAUUAGUAAAUAAUAUAUAUAUAUUAUUUUUAGUAAUAGUAAAAAGAAUAAGAAGAAAAACAAUAAAAAUAAUAAUAGGAAUUACUUUAAUAGUAAAGAAGAGAUUAAUAGAUAUAGUAAGAAGAAUAAUAAAGAUAAGAAUAAUUAAAGUAAGAAUAAUAAAGGCAAGAAUUAUUAAGAUAAGAAUAAUAAAGAUAAGAAUUAUUAAGACAAGAAUAAUAAAGAUAAGAAUUAUUAAGAUAAGAGCAAUAAAGAUAAGAAUUAUUAAGAUAAGAAUAAUAAAGAUAAGAAUAACUAAGAUUAGAAUAAUAAAGAUAAGAAUAACUAAGAUUAGAAUAAUAAAGAUAGGAAUAACUAAGAUUAGAAUAAUAAAGAUAAGAAUAACUAAGAUUAGAAUAAUAAAGAUAGGAAUAACUAAGAUUAGAAUAAUAAAGAUAAGAAUAACUAAGAUUAGAAUAAUAAAGAUAGGAAUAACUAAGAUUAGAAUAAUAAAGAUAAGAAUAACUAAGAUUAGAAUAAUAAAGAUAGGAAUAACUAAGAUUAGAAUAAUAAAGAUAAGAAUAACUAAGAUUAGAAUAAUAAAGAUAGGAAUAACUAAGAUUAGAAUAAUAAAGAUAAGAAUAACUAAGAUUAGAAUAAUAAAGAUAGGAAUAACUAAGAUUAGAAUAAUAAAGAUAAGAAUAACUAAGAUUAGAAUAAUAAAGAUAGGAAUAACUAAGAUUAGAAUAAUAAAGAUAAGAAUAACUAAGAUUAGAAUAAUAAAGAUAGGAAUAACUAAGAUUAGAAUAAUAAAGAUAAGAAUAACUAAGAUUAGAAUAAUAAAGAUAGGAAUAACUAAGAUUAGAAUAAUAAAGAUAAGAAUAACUAAGAUUAGAAUAAUAAAGAUAGGAAUAACUAAGAUUAGAAUAAUAAAGAUAAGAAUAACUAAGAUUAGAAUAAUAAAGAUAGGAAUAACUAAGAUUAGAAUAAUAAAGAUAAGAAUAACUAAGAUUAGAAUAAUAAAGAUAGGAAUAACUAAGAUUAGAAUAAUAAAGAUAAGAAUAACUAAGAUUAGAAUAAUAAAGAUAGGAAUAACUAAGAUUAGAAUAAUAAAGAUAAGAAUAACUAAGAUUAGAAUAAUAAAGAUAGGAAUAACUAAGAUUAGAAUAAUAAAGAUAAGAAUAACUAAGAUUAGAAUAAUAAAGAUAGGAAUAACUAAGAUUAGAAUAAUAAAGAUAAGAAUAACUAAGAUUAGAAUAAUAAAGAUAGGAAUAACUAAGAUUAGAAUAAUAAAGAUAAGAAUAACUAAGAUUAGAAUAAUAAAGAUAGGAAUAACUAAGAUUAGAAUAAUAAAGAUAAGAAUAACUAAGAUUAGAAUAAUAAAGAUAGGAAUAACUAAGAUUAGAAUAAUAAAGAUAAGAAUAACUAAGAUUAGAAUAAUAAAGAUAGGAAUAACUAAGAUUAGAAUAAUAAAGAUAAGAAUAACUAAGAUUAGAAUAAUAAAGAUAGGAAUAACUAAGAUUAGAAUAAUAAAGAUAAGAAUAACUAAGAUUAGAAUAAUAAAGAUAGGAAUAACUAAGAUUAGAAUAAUAAAGAUAAGAAUAACUAAGAUUAGAAUAAUAAAGAUAGGAAUAACUAAGAUUAGAAUAAUAAAGAUAAGAAUAACUAAGAUUAGAAUAAUAAAGAUAGGAAUAACUAAGAUUAGAAUAAUAAAGAUAAGAAUAACUAAGAUUAGAAUAAUAAAGAUAGGAAUAACUAAGAUUAGAAUAAUAAAGAUAAGAAUAACUAAGAUUAGAAUAAUAAAGAUAGGAAUAACUAAGAUUAGAAUAAUUAAAAUAAAAUCAAACAAGAUAAGAAUAACCCUAAUAAAAUUAAUAGUUCAAUUAUUAAUCUUUGGAUUAAUAAAAAGAAAAAAUAAAAGAAGAAUUAGCUCUAGAGUUCGCUAAAUCUUAAUUUUAAUAAAAAUAAUAGGCUGAAUAAAAAGAGUUGGAAUAAAAUAAGGCAAUUUAGAAUUUGAUAAAUAAAAUAAAAGAAACUGAACAAUAAUUGUAAAAUUUAAAAGAUUAAUGCACUUUCUAAUAAGAAACUUCCAAUAAGUAUUCAAAAGAAAUUUAAGAUUUAAAAACUUCAUUAAACCAUGUUACACAAUAGAGAGAUAAUGUUAUUGCUAAAUUUAAAGAAUUAUAAUCAAACUAAGGUAGUACAGUCACUUAAGAAGAUGUGGCCUUUUUAGAAUAGCAAUAAUAAUAAUAGUAGCCAUAAUCUCUUUAGAAUGUGUUGUUUAAAUUUGAAUUUUGGGUUGUGUUAUUAGGUGCUUGGGUUUUAAGUUAAAUAAUAAAUUUCUUCACCUGAUCC